AUGGAUGAGGUGAUCGAUAGGCCACAUCAAAAGGCGAUAGCAGAGCACAACCUUCUGGAUGCUGAAGGUGGUGCAACUCAAAUUACACCUCUCAACUCUCAAGAUGACCUUGGCAACGGGAUGUUUCGUGCCCCUGAAUCACGGCAAGCUGUGGUUCAUAAUGACGCGCUCCGGACGGAAGAAACACCUAACAGAUCAGCAACACAUGAGUUGUACAGCAAUAUGGUGCAUCAAAUGGACUUUGAAGAUUUCAUCCCCUUUUGCCGAGGUGCUGCUAACUCAAACGAUGAGGCACUGACCACAUUCGGGUCUUCGUACGCUCCUUGCACCUUGACAUUCAAUGACCAAGCGGGCCCGGGGGUAUCUUACGACAACGGUUCGGGACAUUAUCCACCCACAUUCUCCGAAAUAUACAAUGCCCUCCUAAAUGAACUGUAUAGCGAGGCUCCAUCUGGCAACCCUGUACAUACUGAAUUUAUCUCAGGCGCAACUUUGGCAUCAGUAUACAAUGACCUGGAUUCCAGCAAGGCGGCUUUACCGGUCAAAUUGAUCUUCGCGGUCUAUAAGCCCGAGACGGGAGAUGACUAUCUCUCGCAGCGGCUUUCAGUUGCGAAUCCAGUUCCGUCUUGGGCAGGUAUCAUGAUGUCCCGGAGCUAA